AUGGCAUUCAAAGACACCGGCAAGACAUUUAUGGAGCCCGAAGUGGCCAUUCACCAGAGCCGGAUCACCCUCACCAGCCACAAUGUGAAGUCACUUGGGAAAAUAAAAACUUGCGGUGAAGGUUCAAAGACUUCGGAUCGGCUCCAGAUGAGAAUCCACAAGCGCCUUAUUGAUUUCCACAGUCCUUCUGAAAUUGUUAAACAGAUUGCUUCUAUCAGCAUUGAACCAGGUGUAGAAGUUGAAGUCACCAUUGCAGAUGCCUAA